GAAAAUGAUUUUAUCAGUGAAGAUCAUUUUGAUGUUCAGCUUGGUGGCUGCAAUGACUGCACAAUACCCUUUUGAGGGGUCGGGCACUGAUGAUACCACAGCCACUACGCCAGAAGAUCCUGAGGGGUCGGGUACUGAUACCACAGACACUCCUGCCACUACAAAACAAGGUCCCUGUGAUUCAAGUCCUUGUAUCGGAGACAGUACCUGUGAAGCACGGUUUGACGGCACGUUUGUUUGCAUCUGCCGGCCUGGACUGGUUUACAAUCAAAUAAGCGGCUGCGUUCAAACAAAGAUCUUCCCUGGUAGUUUAACGUUGUCUGAGAUGUUUAAACCAGAAAUGACUGACAGGAAGUCUGAGGAGUUUCAAAUUGUAUCAAAUAGAAUAGAGAAUGAGCUCAGUAUAGUCCUUAAUGGCAAUGGCUACAUACGUUCCAUCGUUUUGAGUCUAAGGCAAGGCAGUAUAAUUGCAGAAGUGCAGAAUUUCUAUGACGUCAUCACUGUCACAAAAGAAUUGGUUGAAUCUCAGAUUCGGGAAGCAAUUACUGAAAAUAAAAUUUCAGGCGCCACCGAAUUCAAAGAAAACUCAGUGUGUGAUCUUGGAGCUUGUGACAAUAAAACCACAAACUGUGAGGAACUGGUUAGUGGUGUUGCAAUGUGUACUUGCAAAGAAGGAUAUGUCAGAUCAGAGUCCACAUCUCAGGCCUGCCUUGCUUGUCCAAAUGGGCAAAAGGCAGUGGAUUCAAAAAUCUGUGAAAAAUGUCCAUUUGGCUAUGCUGGGUUCAACUGCAAUGAUCCAUAUCUUUUGGUUGUGAUCGUGGUGUCCACUGUGUUGGGUGCAUUGCUGAUAAUCUUUAUUGUGGCCCUGAUAGUUGUAAGCUUCAGGAAUCAGAAGGAAGACUCCUCAUCCGAGGUAGACUUUAGCUCAAGCUAUGGAAAUAAGGAAUUACAUAAACCUACAGGAAUUCCCAGGAUCCCUCGGGCCAACCCUGAAGCUAGCUGGAAGUCUAACAAUCUGGAGAUGACCGAUAGUGGAAGCAAUCAGGCACUGGUUAUCAGAGAUCGCCCAGAAAGCAAAGCGCGCUACACUGAUUUCGAUGAGGACAUGAGCUAUAGGGGUCACGCUCCCCCAGCGUACUCGGGCUACGGUGGGAGAGGAGUGGACAACGGUGGUGUCCACAACCCAUACUUUCGACAUGAUGAUGACAGAAUGCACAGAUAUUGAGUGCUUAGAAAAGCGCUAUAUAAAUGUAAUGAAUUAAAAUUAUAAUUAACACCAAUUAAUUAAAUUAGGACAGUAGGAUGCAGGAAUUAAUUAAAAUUGUUUUUAUUUCUUUGUUGACCAAAGUUUGAAGGUUGUAAUGAAAAACAGUUAUUGCCGUUUUAUAUACAUCUUACCAUAGGAACAGUUCAAAUUUACUUGAUAUUUACAUUCUGUGGUAUCAGCAGCUAAUAAAAUUCAGUUCAUGGGCUUUCCUCUUGAUCUAAGCCUCAGCUUAAAACAUAUUGGAAUAAAAUGUCUUUCCUGGAUGUUUGAAUGGAAGCUAUGUUGCAGGGGCCUUAACCUAAAGUCAUUGAUUUUUUUUUUUUUUUCAACAAAACAUUUUUCAAAACACAUCCAUUUAUUCAGGGACAGAAAUGAUUAAUAACUGUUCUAACUGUAAUUAUUAGAUUUGUAAAAUGUCAUAACUAUGCCAAUGGAUGUAUAAUGAUAACUAAUGAUCUUUUUAAAAGUAUAUAAACAGUAUAUAUUUUGUUGUAUUUAAAUAGUCAAUAAAUAAUUAGAUUUCUGAUUUUGAAAGGUAUUUGUAUCUUCUUUUCCCAAACAAUUUCUUUGUUUUCUGUUAGUUUACGACAUGAAACAAAUUAUAUAUUCUCAUCAAACGUUGCUCUCAUUUUCACAAAAUGCAUCAAUAUGUACAUUUAUGGAACGCUUAGGAUCUCUCACUUUAGACAAAAACCAAAAUACAUAAAUAUGAAUAUUACAUGCUUAAACAACUUUUGUUUGUUUGCAAUAUAAUCUAUGGUUAUAGAAAAUGUCCUUCCUACUGUCGUUAUUUUUGUUAUUUGAUUGUCUAAUGUAAAAAGACUUUUGUGCGCUGCACUACACAUUUAUAAAUAACAUUAUAUUACACACUGCGCACUACACUGUCAUAUAUUUAAUCAUUAUUAAUGCUGUAUAAGUUAAUGAUAAACUUGUAUCUCAUCACUUAAAUGACUUGAUAUGUCAUCUUAUUUAGCAUUCCUCUGUCUCACUUUCCUCAUACUGUAUAAAGUAGGACACAAGACAAAAAGAAUGCCACAUCAAGUGGAACGUUAAUUUCGCAUCUAGAAAGGUGGGACUGGUUAGUGAGACGGACACACGGAAGAAAGGAGGAAAAAAUCUCAUGUCGCUCUAAAACACUCUGAAAUCGUAAAGUUCUAAAGAAAAGGAGGGGAUAAUUAAGCACCUAGCCGGAACGGGAACAAGCUCUUACGGUGUUUCAAGAAGAAAAAGGGUGUAAGAAAAUAAAAGCUUUUUGAAAUAUCAGUACGCUUCACCAUUGUCUGGCUGGAGUCUAGCUACACCCAACAACAGGCUGACAUGCAUGCAAGGU